AUGUCUGGUGUCAACGCAACAACUGUGCCGUGGCGCGUCUAUCUGUACGGCGCUGGGUCUAUUGCGUGGCGACAUGGUGUUGCGGCGGAAAGCCUGGGACCUGAUGCCCAGUUGUUUGCCGCCGACCCCUCGGAAGAUGCUCGACAAGCAUUGCUAGCCAAGUUCCCCAAUGCCACCGUCUAUGAAGAUGCAGAGGUCAUGCUUGCCAGCUCCCCAGGACAAGAACGCGACAUUGUCGUGGUAGCUGUGCCUCCUUACUUGCACCAUGCAGCGACGCUCCUCGCUUUUCGGUCCAACCGUCAUGUCCUCUGCGAAAAGCCUCUCGCAACAUCCGCAACGGAAAUGGCCGAGAUGCUGGCUGCCAGCGAUGCUUCCGGACGCUAUUUUGGAGAGUGCAGCUUCCGCUAUUUGGGAAAUGGGGCCUUGGACCGCGCCCGUCAGUUGAUUGAAACGGGUGGCAUUGGCUCUGUUUAUCAUGCCCGCUUCAUCAAUCGACAGCCUCGAUCCCGCGCUGGGAUCGAGUACCAGCCUGCCAGCAGGUGGUUCCUGGAAAAGAAGAAAUCCGGUGGAGGUAUCAUCUUCGACUGGGGCGUUUACGACUUCACCAUGUUCUUCGACGUCCUUCGCCCCGUCGCUGUGACGGUCAACCAUGCCUGGAUGGCCACGCCGAAAACCGGUGCCAACCCGUCCGAUCCCGCGAUAUCUGUCGAGACGCACGCUGGCGCUUCGUUGACGUUGACGCUCCAGGACGGUGCGGUCGUUCCAUUUGACUGGGAACGGGCAAGCGGCUUCCACGGGGACGCCCAGGUUGCGCUGAACGUCGAUGGCACGGCUGGAGGCCUGACGUGGGAAUGGGUCCCGACUUUUGAUUACAAGGACGAAGUCGACGAGUUGGAGGAAGGCUUUGGGCUCGUACACUCUGUGGACGUCAAUGGAAAGGUCCAGAACAAGGAGGAGAAGUUCCCUGCUUUUGGGUGGGAAGACGCGAACCAACGUCCUUUGCUCUCUUUUGUCGACUUGGUCGAAGGUCGUAACAGUGUGGCUCUCUCCAGGAGCAGGCUCGAGUUCAACUUUGCUGUCGUAUCGGCAAUCUACAAGUGUGCCUCUGAGGGCACGCCUGUUCAUGUUCAGCUCAAGUAG